CGGCAAGCCCGUCCAAUGGACAGCACUUGUUUUGUCCCUCAGGGCAGUUCAUAGGCCAAAACCACGGAAGAAGCUACAAAUUCCAAAGCGUCUACAGACAUCGUGAAAUUUACAUCAACAGCCUCUAUCCCGAGCCAUUGAGUCAGCUUGCCUUACACUACGAGAUAACAAAGAAAGUCAUACCUUCGACACUACUAGUAACCUCCCACAUAUCAUCAUAAUGGCCUCCCGCACCUUCCUCUCGGCUUUCCGCCCCGCCGCCGCUCUGGCAAGCCGACAGACCAUUGUUUCGCGAAGCAUCGCCACUACCGCUGCCUUGAGACACAAGGAGGACACCCUCCACGAGAGGCAAGAAGACUCCAACUCCUCGGAGCGCCACAAGCAGGACCUCCUCAAGAAGCAAAAGGAUGGUCAGGGCCACUGGAAGCCUGAGCUGGCCUCCAAUGCCGAGGAAGCCAUCAAGGCGGACCGCAGCGGAGAUGAGGACAUCAAGAGCCUUCAAGACCGCACCAAGGCAACCGCUGAGGAGACCCACAAGAAGGGCACGAGCAUGCGUGAUGGUUUGUAAAAAGGCAGAGAUACCAUCCUUUCAUAUGCGAACUAGCAGCGUCGGAACGAGCUCGUGUAUAGUCACGGGUCGGAGUUAGGGCGGCAGGCUCCACGAAAGCCGAAUGGUCUGAGAUAGCAGGUCUUGUUU